AUGGAUCGUAGUUGGAUGCAAAAAAAUCGCCUAUCCGAGGAGUAUAAGAAAGGAGUGUUAGAGUUUUUGAAAUUUGCUGAAACUAAUCUUCCUGAAAGUAAUGGAAGAUUUCACUGUCCUUGUGCUAAGUGUGUAAAUAUUGCACCUUUAGAGGCUCACAUCGUAUGGGAACACUUAGGAGUUAACGGGAUUUGUCAAAAUUAUACAAAGUGGAUAUGGCAUGGUGAAUUGUCUGACGCGCCAAAGGCCUCUCCUAAAGAAGAGUUUGAUGUAGAGAUGGGUGAUCGUCUAGAAGAUAUGAUCCGUGAUAUUGGACAAGGCUCUUUUCAACGGGCAAAUAUACAUGAUACUCUUUGCAAUGACAGUAAAAUCCCUUUGUAUCCAAAUUGUAAAAACUUCACACGACUGUCGGCUGUGCUAAGAUUGUUCAAUUUGAAGGCGAUUAAUAGUUGGACAGAUAAAAGCUUCACACAAUUGUUAGAGUUGUUGAAGGAAAUGUUACCGGAAGAAAACAUGUUGCCGAACCGGGCCUAUGAGGCAAAAAAGAUAUUAUGUCCAAUGGGUAUAGAAUAUAAGAAAAUACACGCAUGCCCUAAUGACUGCAUAUUGUAUUGGAAAGAUAAUGAAGAGAAAGAAAAAUGUCCCAAGUGCAUGACAUCACGCUAUAAGAAGAAGAGUGAUGAUGAAGGUUGUGAUGUGACCACAAAGGGUCCUCCAGCAAAGGUGUUAUGGUACCUUCCAAUUAUUCCAAGGUUUAAGCGAUUGUUUGGUAAUUUAAAUGAUGCGAAGAAUAUUAGAUGGCAUGCAGAAGAAAGGAAGUGUGAUGGAAAAAUUCGGCAUCCAGCCGACUCUUUGCAAUGGAAGAAGGUUGAUACUUUAUUUCCAGACUUUGGCAUUGAACCAAGAAACCUUAGGCUUGGACUUUCUACUGAUGGAAUGAAUCCAUAUGAUUUUAAGGAUCGUAAAGGUAAUAUAAAAUCUUCAGAUAUCUUUUAUAUUGAUAUAAUAUCUUGA